CCCACCAAGUUUGGCUGUUUUCCGUGCAGCAGCUGCCUCCCCCCGGGCCCGUGCCGCGUCCCCUCCCGGCCGCUCCGGGAGCGCUCGGGAUGCGCUGAGAUGGGAGCGGGACGGGCGCGGUGCCGGGAGCGGCUCCCCGGGCUCCCGAGGAGAGCUGAGUGAUCCUGCCUGGCUCCCAGGGCUCGCUGGACUACAGGAGGAGCUUCCCGCAGCCUGGGCAGUGGAAUUUGCCCGUUGUCGAGCCGCACAAGGCCGGCACUGGCACAGGACUGGAGCGCCCGGGGUGCUGGCAUCACGUAGGCAGCUGCCACCGAAAUGACACACUUGAUUGAAGGCCAAAAGAACCCAAUACGUAACUGCUGUGAUUAAGCUCCAUAUGAUGCCUCAGAGCAAGUAAAAACCCCUCCUUCAUCUCAUCUUGCUUGUAACGAGACAGCCGUUGCAGGGAUCUCAUUUGGGUCAUGUUGUGGCUUUUGGGGGAUUUUGGGGGGGUUGUUUUGGGUCGGGCUUUUUUUGCUUCUGGCUGUACACACCCAUGACCUGCAGAAAUCUGCACCCCCGCGAUGCCCCCUGAGAGCCUGGGGCUGUAGGUGUGCUGCUAGCUGGGAAUACAAAUCCGAGCAGCCAGGUUCUGUCCAAUCCGUGCUGGAGGCUUCUCCUGGUGCAGCCGAUCCCUUCCCUGCCAGCUCUGUGACUGUGGAUGGCUUUAGGAGCAGAAUUUUGGGGCUGUUUGGGGCUCUCCUGCCCCAGCCCAUUGCCAUGGCCGGUCCCGUGCGGCUCCCCCCUCCUCCAGGAGCGCUGCCCCUGGAGAAGAUGCCAUUCCACCAUGUGACAGCUGGCUUGUUGUACAAGGGCAAUUACCUGAACCGCUCGCUGUCGGCCGGCAGUGACAGUGAGCAGCUGGCCAACAUCUCCGUGGAGGAGCUCGAUGAGAUCCGAGAGGCUUUCCGAGUGCUGGACCGGGACGGGAAUGGCUUCAUCUCCAAGCAGGAGCUGGGCAUGGCCAUGCGCUCCCUGGGCUACAUGCCCAGCGAGGUGGAGCUGGCCAUCAUCAUGCAGCGCCUGGACAUGGAUGGGGAUGGCCAGGUGGAUUUUGAUGAAUUUAUGACGAUUCUGGGACCUAAGCUGGUGUCAUCAGAGGGCAGGGACGGCUUCCUGGGGAACACAAUAGACAGCAUAUUCUGGCAGUUUGACAUGCAGAGGAUAACGCUGGAGGAGCUGAAGCAUAUCCUGUACCACGCCUUCCGCGACCACCUCACCAUGAAGGACAUCGAGAACAUCAUCAUCAACGAGGAGGAGAGCUUGAAUGAGAACUCUGGGAACUGCCAAACGGAGUUUGAAGUGCACGCCCAGAAGCAGAACCGCCAGACGUGCGUGCGCAAGAGCCUCAUCUGCGCCUUCGCCAUGGCCUUCAUCAUCAGCGUGAUGCUGAUCGCGGCCAACCAGAUCCUGCGCAGCGGCAUGGAGUAGUGCUGGCACGGCUGGAGAGGUCCUGGCACGGGAUGGCAGCCAUGCAUGCGCACCCGGGAGAGCUCCCGCCCCGAUCCCACGGCACCGACACGCGGGCACAGCCGGCGCCUGCGGCAGGAGCCUGAGCCAGCAGCGUGUCCUGUGAACCAACCACAUCCUUUUGGCAGGGACAUCAAAGGGCUGUUCUAAUGCUUUAAAGGUUUUGUUUCCUAAUGCAAUAAUCCCAUAUCCAGGAGUCCCGUAUUAUUGCUUCGAAACAGCAAUGGCAGCGCGGAGGAGGCCGGGCUCUGGCGCUCUGCGCUUUGAAGGAGGCCCAGCCUCGGGACUCGUCCUUCCCGCAGGGCCCAGCCUGUCCCACGGAGCUCCCGCCGGGCCCACGCUCGCAGGAAGUCGAUCGUAGCAUUGCCACAAGCGAGUUCCUUUUGUUCCACGUGUUCCAGCUUCACUUUCCUUUUCCCUUAUGACCAUGCCAUGGAGUUUACGGCAUUAGAGGGGAGCUAGAGCAUCCUUGUACAGUAUUUUCUGAUGAAAAAAGGGGAGAAUUUGCCAGCACCAUACAAAAUGUCUAUUUUUUGCUUCAUCAACUCCACCUUUGACAUGAGACUGUGGGGUAGCAGGAGUCUGUUGGCCAUUUUUUUCUGACUGUGAAUCAGGGCUUGAGGAGCACCACCUGGGCAUUGCUGAACUUGUGCAAAGUCUUCCAAGGGACUCUGCCACCACCAGCGCCAGCUAAACUUCCCUCUCCUCGGGCCUUUCUGCAUAUUCAACAUUUCCUCUCCAGCAGUUUUCCCCUUCUUCUUCAUUGGUCUUCAAGAAUUUUUCCCAGGUGAAAAUCCUGAGGGAAGCUCUUCUCGAGCUUUCCUCCCCUGUCCUUGCUUGCACAAUUGAAUUGAUUCCAUUUCAUGUGGCCUGCUCAUGAUCUGCAGUGAAACCUCCAUGGCAGACAUCAUCCUGUGGGGGAGGUUUUAUUUCCACCCGCAUGGUAAAGUGUGGAUUUGACCAGACAAGUUCUCCGUUCCCUCCCAGGACCCAUCCCACCACCCCCAUCCCAUGGGCAGGCUCCAAAGGGGGAAAAGCCGAGUGCAGCAGGAGAAGGAGCCAGACCUGAGCCCACUCCUGUGUGUUUGAAGUGUGUCAGACUUCCAGGUCGGGGAGCGCUGGGUGCUUUUCCUGGAACACCUCUGACGGAGCAGCAAGGAGAAGAUGGAAGGAUGCAGAGCAGGGACACCACACGGGAAGUGCAAGGAGCCAGGAUUGCUUGGGAAUGUGUUUUUCCUUUAAAACUUGAUACAAAUCCGUGCAUUUCCCUUUGGAUGAACUGUGCCCCUGGGUGCCACACCAGGACAGAGGUGAUCUCCUGCCCUCCUGGGAGCUUCUCCCAGCUGGUGAUCGUGGAGUGCUCCAAGGGGGUUCCAUGGAGGCACUCGGGUGUUGGAGUGGGGUGGCUGUGCUGGGAGAGCUCCAGGCACACCCAGGAGCCCUGAGAUGUCGCUCCUGGAAGUGGAGGUGACUGUUCCCUGUGCCACAGAGGGUGGGGUGGCUCCCCUGGGGGUUGCACAGUCCCACACUGCAGCCAUUGGCUUCCACUGGAUCCAUCCCCAACACCCAUCCCAGCUCUUGCUUUUCCACCUGAGUGACAGCAUUUACCUGCAUUUUUGGCAGCCUUAUUUAAAAGUCUGCUGCUCUUUGUCCUGUCUCCCACCACCCCUCUAAACUCAAGUCACUUUUAGGUGUCUCAGCUCCCACCUCCACCUUGUCCUGCCAUUUUCCUGGUGUCCCCUCCAUCCCAAAGACAACACCUUUUCCUCAACAGCUGAGUCGGUUUGUUCUGCCUUUCCCAAACACACAACUCCUGCAUUUCUGUUCUACUGUGACCAACAGAGGUGAACUGCAUUUUUUCCAUAAAAAAAAAAAAUUCUGUCUCCCAGAAGAUGGAGAGAUUUCCAUUUGCUCCAGGGCAGCAGCAGAAUAUCUGUGGGAUAUUCUGGUGUGGGAUUCUCGUGCUGGGGAGCCCAGACACGUUUUCUGUGCUGGGCAUUACAGAUAAUGAGCUUGGAGACAAUUCUAAGGAAACUCAUCCCCAUUUUUAGGUCUCAGGGGUCUGUGGAAAGGUGGCAGCUGUGGGAAAAGUCUGAAUGUUCCUUGCCACAGAGGAAUACUCAUUUUGUCCCUGGGAUGAUGCUGGAGUGAGCAUGGGAGGGGAGGGAUGGGGGGAGGACAGGGCAGAGUUCUGCACUGAGCCCAAACCCACAACCCUAAACCAGGCAUUUCCCCACAUCUCCUCACCCACAAACCCCCAGCAGACUGCAGGCCCAGAAGCACCUCAUGGACAAUGAUUGUCUGCAUUCCCUGAAGCUUUCUGGAAAGUUCCAGAGUUCCUUUCUGCAUGCUCCAUAAACCCUUGUAAAUACAGCCAUUCUCCAGCCCAACCCUUCCCCGUGCAGCUCCAUUUGUAAAACCAAACCUAUAAUGAAUAUAUUGGUAAAAGCCAUAGCCUGGUGUCAGUAGAGUUCAUUGCACAACUCCCCACUGAUUUUACUGGGUACAGGAUUUUGGGGGCUUUGGGGUGUGAUUUUUCUGUAGGGAACCUCACGUUUCCAUCAUGAAUCAGGGUCAUGUCUUGCCAGAGGUCUCCUUCUCCUUCCUCCAUCUCCAGGCAUCUUUAGUCAGUGACUUCUGGCAAUGCAGGAUGGAUGAGGCCAAGUUAUUCCAUCCUUUCCUUCCCCACAACCUUCCCAUCCAGCAGCAUUGGAUGUCUCCUACCUCCCUCCCUCCCUGGCUCCAUUUAUGUAAUAACCAUUUAUCUCUUUUUUUUUUUUUUCUCUUCGACACAAGAGGGGAAAAAUAGGGCUUUUUGCUGCUUUUACAGACAGGAGGUAAAAAUAGAGCAGUAAAAUUCUGAUUGGAACCUGAUGGCAAAAGCUGAGGGGGGAGAAAGCAGAAGAAUCAAAGACAUAAAAAUAAAAACCCCACAUCCCAUACUUUAAGGAAAAAAAACCCUAUUUAAGUGCUAAUUAACAUACUUUAAAAAAUACCCAGACUGCAGCAGAGCUGUCAGAAAAAGCUCUAAACUUCUGCUCUUGCCAGUUCCAGGAGGAUUGAAGUGUCUUUUCAGCCCUGCAGUUCUGGAGGAACAGGAGAUUGCCAUGGCAACCCUGGCUGUUCGUGACAUGGGUGCCACCGUGACAGAGCACACGCCAUCCCAGACUUCCAGGGAUGGGCAAACAGCUCCCAGCAGUGGGACAGGGGCUUUUCAUGGAUUAGGAAAUUAUUAGGAAUUCGUGAGCAGCUCUGGUGGCUUGGCCACAAAAACCCGUGUGCAAUUAAGGGGUUGAGGUGCAGGGAAGGCUUCGAGAGGGACGUGGUGAUUUCAGCCCGAGAGAGGCUUUGGUUCCAUCCAGGAGGGACUGAGAUCACUCAGCCUGAGCCCUUUCUGUCCUGGGCUUGCUGAGGUCACUUUGGGAAGGUUCUCCAGGUGGGGCUGGAGCUCUGCUGGGAAGGAUUUGGGUUCCUGCUCCUGCACCCUGAUCACCACUGAGCUUUAGCAGCGCUCGGAUUCCCAGCUCCUGGAGGAGCCAGCAGGAGCACCAGCAGCCUCAGCAAUGCUGAGAUAGCCUGGAGGCCGUGGGGAGGUGAAUUCCAGCAAAAGCUGCUAAGGAAGGAACACUGCUCACCUGUCAGGGUGACAGGAAUCACUUCUGUCAUUCCAGUUUGUCAGACCAAAGCCAUUCCCGUGGGGCAGCCGUGAGGAGAGCGCAGCUGGGGAGUGUCCAGGCAGGACAGGGGCAGUGCCUUUGUCCUGUGCACGGCCAGGAGCUGGACACAGGUCCUUGUGGCUCCUUUCCAGCUCAGGAUACUCUGUGAUGGUGGUGCUGCUUCCCCUGGAGAGCCAGACCCUGCUCACAGCCAGGUUAGGGUUAGGUGUCACCUCCAGGGCCACCCACGAGUGCACCACUGAGGAGGAAUUUCUGAUCAGAAGCAAUGGCAACAUAACUGAAAGGUUUAAAUUAGGAAAGCUUGGCUUUGUUAGGACCGUGAUCCUCACGCUGUGAGAGAUAAUUAGAUAGAGAUAUUAAAGAGACUUCACAUGAAAAUCCUUCGUGCUCGAUUCCCCUAUCCCCCAGUCACUGUCAGCACCUGGGACAGUGAUCACAGAGCCCAGGUCCAGGGUGAGCAGGAGGGUGGGAGGGAGGAGGAUCCCCAGCUCCUGUCCCUGCUCCCCUGUGAGCCUAAGCUGAAUAUCUGGGUGUAAUCCAGUUCAUUGGAGAGAUUCCAUCCUGGUUAUCCAGAGGUUUCACCUGCUGGACAUGUGCACUGGGAGGGCUGGAUGUUGGCUGCUUUCAUUCCAGCACCUUGGAUACUCUUUAAACUGGGCCAAGUAAAGAGGGGUUUCAAAUCCAGAACUAGGGUAGGAAGCAAGCAAAGCAAGCUGAGGUAGAAAACAUUCCCAAAGCUGCCACUCUGGGUGGCUUAAACCCGUUUGGAUGAGCUGAGUACCCACUGGUCCUUUCUUCCAUUGAACCAUAGGAAUAUUUUGUCCCCAAGUCCCACUCUGCAUCCUCUGCCUGUUGCAGGAGAGGGAGACAGCUCCAGGGAGGGGCUCCAUUCUCAGCCAGGGCCCUGAAAGCCGGGGGGAUUCUCAGCUUUUCCCAUGGAAAACUCAUUCCCAGCACGUGCUGGGAGCUGCCAGGGCUGUCAGCACCCCGAGGUGACAGGAGCACAGCCCCUGUCAGCCCUGGAUCAGCGAGGGGAGAAGCAGUGGGAGGAAUUCCAUUAGAAUCCCUGAGAAUGAAGUCCCUUAUUUUACCCACCCCUGUAAUCCAUGAUUUAGUUCCUGCUUUAUGGAUGAGCGUUUGAAAGAAGAAAAACCAACUCUUCUAAAAUGAGAAUCUGAUGAAGUGUCUUUUUUUCUUGGCUCUGAAUCACGCUUCCAUUCCACUGAUGAAGAUGUACAGAACUUGCUGGGUUUCAAUCUAUUAUUUUACCCUCCUUUGCUCUGACAGUACAAUUACAUUUCCCUGGCAGCACUUAAAACCUGUUCCUUUCCCAGGAUUUUAAUGCAGGAAAAGAAAAGUUUCACAACAUUUCCAUCUCUGCGUGUUGUUGGCUGUUCUCAGGAUGGGGUCUGCAUUUCUCCAGUUCAAGAAGGACAUUUUAGUCAGCUCUAGGAAGUGCAAAAGCUUCACCAAGAGCAAGGCAGGUAGAAAAUCUAACACCAUUUUAAUUGGAAGUGUGCUCCACUUACACCUUUCUGCUGGAAAACUGCUGUAAUUUGGCAUCUUCACUAUGAAAUAAUUGCAGCCACAGAAGAGGGAGAGGGGAGAAAAAAGGAAUCCUCUGGAUCUAGAGGAUCCUCUGGAUCUAGAGCUUGAUAAUCGACAAUUUGAUGAUGAAAGUACCACAGGGUUUUUCUAAAUUAUCUGUCAAGACAGAACAAAACAUUUUGUAGCCUUGAAAACCAUUGCCAAAUGAAAUUGUUAUUUCCCACCCUGUUAUUUCCCCAGCUGUUCCUGGCCUGUCUGUGGCAGCAUCCCAAAGCAGCAGCUGGAUCUGCCCCACUCUGGUGAGAUCCAUGCUCCAGCUUUCCUUUCCCAGCCGCUCCUGUGUCUCCAUCAGCCACCCAGGAGACCUUGGCAAGCUCUGAGGUGGCUCCAGGAGCCCCUGCCUGGUGCCACCAUCCCCUGGGCACAUCCUGUCCCUCCUGGGGACAAGUCCAAAGGGUGCAGGUGGUGCUGCCAACACCAAUCCCCCAAUUCCUACCUCUGCUCCACUGCAGCCCCCAAGGCUGGGCUCACAUCCCUGGGCAGCUCCUGCUCCCUCAGCUUCCUCUGGGCUGGGGCCCCAGGUCAAUUAGAAAUAACUCAUUAGAGUUAAUUGGCUUCAGGGAGAACAAGCCCAGGCCCCAGCCUGUUGCCAUUUAAUCCACAGCAGGGUCGAAGGACUCUGCACCUCCUGAUUCCUCUCUAGGAAGUUCUCUGCUAAUCCCUGUGUCUCCCUUUUGUUACCAUCUAAUGUUUUCCAGCCAUUUCCUGUUCAUUUCUAAACUCACUGGGGUUUUUUUGGCUCGUUAAUAAAAGACAUGGCUUUUUAAUUGAAGACAAAAAUUCACAAAGUCAGCAGCAUAAUAGUAAAAAAAAAAAAUCAAACAAAAAAACCUUUGUACAAAAUACUGUAAAUAUUAAUAUAAAUUAACUGGGCAUGCAACUGAAAUAAAUCCUAUGUUAUUGCAAGUUACCUGAGUGUAUAAAGGAGUGUAUAAAGGAAAACUGAAUGCCAUAUGUAUCAGCUGUUCCCUCUAACCAAACUCUACUGUAAAUAUAUAAUCUGUAUAAAAAAAUUUUAAUUUUACCAUUAUUUAUGCAAUAGAAAUAAAGUUUUUUUUUUCUUUU